AUGGCCGACGCGCCCAGUGACUCCGGCGGAGUGACGGGCGGUGAGACCGCCGCACAACCUACGGGGUCUCCCUCGGCCACCGCCGAGGGCGCCGCAGAGUCAACGCGCUCCAGCAGCCAGUGCGUGUUCUGCCGGAUCGUGGAGGACGGGGACACCGAGUUCCUGCACUGUGAGGAUGAAAACCUAGUUUGCUUUAAAGAUAUCAAACCAGCAGCAUCUCAUCAUUAUCUUGUGGUGCCAAAGCAGCAUAUUGGAAACUGCACAGAGCUAAAGAAAGAGCAAAUAGGACUUGUUGAGAGCAUGGUUACUGUUGGAAAAACCAUUCUUAAAAAGAAUAAUUUCACUGACUUCACAAAUGUGAGAAUGGGUUUUCAUGUGCCACCAUUCUGCUCCAUUUCCCACUUGCACCUUCAUGUCAUAGCACCAGUCACUGAAUUUGGCUUCAUAUCAAAAUUGAUUUAUAGACCGAAUUCCUAUUGGUUCAUCACAGCUGACUAUUUGCUUGAAAAACUAAGAACAUCAGAAUGA